AUGGCCUCCCAACGGAGAGAACGGGCAUCCAGCGAUCGAGCUCACCCUGCUGUUGUUCCUCAACGGCCAGGACUUCAAAGUCGAACCAUUUCCGCUCCACCCGGAGGAUUAUACAAACUUGACCCGUCCAGAACGGCGAUGGAAGGUGGGAGCAGUGUCGGACGGACACUCGUGGAGGAAGAUGAAAACUCAACACAUGGCGAGGGGAGCGGGGUCUCGUCGCCCCAGGCUGGGAAUGAGACGACCUCCAGAUCAAAUUUCCCGCAUGUAAGCAUCGCCGUGGUUGGCGGGGCCAAAGCUGGCAAAACGACUUUUAUCCAGAGCGCCCUGGAUAUGAAACAUCCUCUUUCCUCACGAUCCACAACGAAGAAGAUGUCUCUAGAUGGUACAGUGUAUGUUGUCCGUCUAGUGGAAGUACAUGCCGACGAGGUUUCUCCCGGCAGCAAUGGAAAAUUGAGAUGGCCACGGCUGGGGAACGACUCACCAGCCACUAUUCACGGUGCUCUGAUCUUACAUGAUGCGACUCGCCCUACUGCACAUUCGGAGACAUCAAAAACUCUAGACAUCUUCGCCGCGGCUUCAGUUCCUUUCGUGCUGGUCGCUACAAAGUGUGAUAAGCGGAGUAUCGAUGGACGAUUCGAAACAUCGCUUGGAAGCUAUGAUAUCCAUCGAACAUCUCCUGAUAUGCCCCAGAAACAGAAAAUGUGUAUCGCUGUCAUUUUGCGUGACAUUUUCAGCCAAAGAGAUGUUAUUGCAGAGCAGAGCCCAACUUCUUUCAGCACACACGAGAGGCAUCACACCCGCGCCCGCUCAGAAAACCCCACAACGUUGCUCGCUGGAGCCGCGGGCGGCCCAUUUAGUAGUGCUCUCGAUCCAGGAGUCGAUGGGUACGGCGUCGACCGCCAUCCCGCCGACCCAAAGACGUCGCCAAACCUGGCUUCUAAUGCACAAGGUUCACGAUAUGCCCGGAGCAAUUCGCAUCCGGUGCGACCGCAUACACCACCGACCCGAUUGAAUUCCCAUCCGCCCCCAGCCGCUGUGGAUUCUUCCCCAGGUAAGGACCACAAUAGACAACACCGACUCCACACAGCCUGGCGCAAUAGUGGCGGAUCGGACGCUUUUAACAGCUUUUUGGAUAUGGAAGAUGAGAUAGAUGGAACGCGGAGUAGUCCGUCAAGCCCGGAAAGUAAGGAUAAGGCUUCCAGUGAAGGCUCAUCGAAUGAAACGGGCUUCACUUUCGAUGAGUUGGUUGACCGACUCGUUGCCCAACCGAUGUCCAAACAAGACUCGAAGUUUGCAUCGAUUUUUUUGUGCCUUUAUCGAAAAUUUGCUGCUCCGGCUACGCUUUUGAACGCACUGAUCAACCGAUUCGAACGGAAUGAGAAAAACAUCACAGACCAGCUGACUCGCAUCGCCGACCAAUUGAGGCUUCUUAAUGUUAUUGCACAAUGGGUUUCGGAGUACCCCGGCGACCUCGCAUAUCCUAAAACAAGAAAGCGGGUUACGGAUUUUGUCACCACACUCGAAAGGAGCAACUUUUACAUGUUUGCGUCGAAGGAGAUUGGGUCAUUUCUCGAAGUGAGCGCAGAGGAUGACGAUGUUGGAUGGGCAUUCAAGGACGGGGAAGCAGACACAUUCGACGGAAACGAGACCUUCUUCGAUAACUCCACCCGAAGCUCACCAUCCAUGUUCCUAGGAGGCUUUUCGUACACUGAUGAUGGCCCAGAGGAGGAGGAGGAAGACCCCAUAUACAGCAUGAGUGCGCUGGAUCUCAGCGAGGGCAUACACGAUCAACCGUCGAAAUUGUCGGCUACUCUGUCAAACCCUUCGGCGGUGGACAAGCCCGGCACUAUUCCAAGCCAGUCAUUUACUUUCCUGAGCAUGGAUGCUGCACAGAGAGAAGCGGAUACUGUGGAACUGAUGGGGCGGAUUCCAUUGACGAAAAUGGUCUGGCGGCAGAUGAUGGAGAUUCCGGAUGAGGAUUUUGCGAACGAGCUGACACGCAUCGACUGGAUAAUGUUCAACACUUUCCGACCUCGAGAUCUUGUGCGUCAUGUGAGUAUCUCUGGGCCGGACAAGGACAAGAUUCAAAGCUUGAAGCAUGUCAAUCGCAUGAUUAAGCAAUUUAACCACGUUGCAUUCUUCGUGGCCAGUAUAAUCCUUUUACGGGAUAAGCCUAAGCACAGGGCUAGGGCAUUGGAAAAGUUUAUGAAUAUCGCCCAGAAACUACGUCGUUUGAAUAACUAUAACUCUCUCGGGGCGGUGAUUGCUGGGAUCAAUGGGACACCGGUACAUCGACUUUCUCAAACUCGAGAGCUGGUCCCGCCGCAGGCUCAGAAGGCUUUUAUGAGGCUGGUUAUCCUCAUGGGCACGCAGAAGAGCCAUUUUGCAUACCGACUGGCGUGGGACAACUCCUUCUCUGAGCGAAUACCGUUCCUACCACUGCACCGCCGCGACCUCGUCUCCGCCGAGGAAGGUAAUAAGACCUUUAUUGGUGAUAACCGCAACCGGAUCAACUGGCGAAAAUUUGAAGUAAUGGGCGAGGUUGUACUUGGCAUCCAACGCAGCCAGAAGACUCCUUAUCCCCAUCUACAUCGAUAUGACGAAGUCGCCAGGUUGAUUCUGGACACGAAACUUUCAGGUGAUGAUGAGGAACUGUAUGCUCGCAGUAUGCAGGUUGAACCAUCCGCUGGCGGCGAUGCGGGCCGGAAGAAAUUCGGCUGGCUACGAUCAUAA